CGAUUAUUACUGGAUCUAAGAAGAUAUUUCCGAAGAAAACAACGACACCUAAAAUCUAAAGAAAAUGAUUAAAUAAGUGAAAUCCCUUCAACUACAAUUCCCACAAUCCUUAGCUGUUUUUAAAAUGGCGCCGCCCAGGUGGUGUGUGAAGUCGGUCGCGCGCUGAUCAUCUCGUGCAGCUCUUUCAUCAGGUGUGAGGUGAUGUGGGGUGUAAUGCGCGCGCUGAGGGAGGUGUGUGUGAGGGCGCGCGCGCUCGGCCGGACAGGUGUGUGUGAGACCUCCCCCUCCCCCCACCGGGGUCACACAGGGGCAUCGAACAGUCCAGGCGGUGGGCGUGGCCUUCCAGCAGGACAUCUGGAUGGAGAACACAGCUGGAUGUGCGGCUCUUCUGCAGCGGUUCUGUGGGCAGUACGCGGUCACGUCCAGGUUCUCCAGAACUUCAUCAGUGAGGAGGAGGAGCAGGCCUUCCUCACCGAGCUCGAGCCGGGGCUGAAGAGGAAGAGAUACGAGUUCGAUCACUGGGACCAUGCGAUCCACGGGUUCAGAGAGACGGAGCGGCUGCAGUGGGGCGGUGUGUGUGCCGCGGUGGUGGAGCGAAUCAGGGCACAGGCCUUCCCUCAGGGAUGUCCGCUACUGGGCCCGGUUCAUGUUCUGGAUCUGGACAAGACCGGUUUCAUCAAGGCUCAUGUAGAUAGCGUGAAGUUUUGCGGAAGCACCAUCGCCGGUGUGAGUCUUUUGUCCGACAGCAUCAUGCGUCUGGUCCAUGAGGAGAACCCUGAAGAGCACGUGGAUCUGUUCCUACAGCGUCGCUCUCUCUAUAUACUGAGAGAUGAAGUUCGGUUUAACUUUACACACGAGAUCCUGAAGGAUGAGGACUCGUAUUUCUCAGGACGCAGAAUUCCUCGGCAUCGCAGAAUCUCCGUCAUUUGCAGGAAUCUUCCACAUUAGACUUUUUACUUUUCAUCAGUCUGAUCUGUUCAUCUUGGUUAUUUCAGUCUUGUACAGGUUUUUGGCACAGAAACACCUAAAUGUUUUAGGCAGUCAUCUUUGUCUCUCUCUCUCACACACACACACACACACACGCACACACACACCGCCAGGUUUUCAGAGGUCAGAGUCAGCGCCCCCUGGAGCGGAGAGGGUGAAAAGCUGGGGGCUUGAACUCACAACCUUCUGCUCAGUAACCCUGAGGCGUUACCACCGACAUCACACCGUGAAAUAAAUCUCAUCUUUCAAAUGUUUUCCAGUUGUUUAAUUAUUUGUAAGACCAGGAUCGACUAAUCAGAAUGAGUGUGUAUUAAUGAGGAGAUACAGAGCUUCUGAUUAAAGCUGAAACAGCAGGAGAUGA